UGUAUAUAGUGUUGUUAAAUGUCAGAGCCGUUAUUCACGUCUGUAUUUCAGGGAGGCUGGCAGCUCCUCCUCACCUGUAUGCUCAGGUAAGCCCGUGAUUACCACAGGUGAAGGGACGGGCACACCUUGCCACUGCAACACAAAGGGUACCUGGGUUCGACGAAACGACGUUGGGAGGGUGCGCGAAAUGGCGAGCUAUGGCAGACAGUUUUGGUUGAUGUUCUGGAAGAAUUGGGUGCUACAGAAGCGCAAAGUUUGUGUGACUGUCUUUGAAAUUUCACUCCCCAUUGUGUUCGCCGCGAUUAUGGUGGUCAUCCGAAUGCAAAGUGAAACCACCACUGAAACGUCCCCGACGACCUGGAAACCGUUUCCUGUGGAAAUGGAUGAACAGACUGCGUUGAGGGUUAGCCGUGUCCUGUUCACACCAAACUCAAGCCUGGCUCAAACCAUUAUGUCGAAAGUCGAAACGACGCUGGGGAUCACAGCUGAAGGGUUUAGCUCUGAGGCCAGUUUACUCGGUGGGUAUAUAUACGACAGCAAUCCUAACACUAUACUGGCAGGCGUCGUAUUCGAAUUCAGUGAGGACGAUACCAUGGCAAGUUUCGGGACUUCAUCCUCCAUUUCCUAUCGCAUUCGUCCAAGGUCUGAAGGUAUUAACUGGAGGACAAGAACCACAUACCCCUUCAGACAAACGACAGAUCCGCGCAAUGAGAAGAGUAAUUCAGGAGGAACCCCAUCUUAUUACUUGUUGGGGUUCUUAUCCCUCCAGUACGCUGUUGAUGCUGGGAUCAUCGAGGCCUUCAACACAUCUGUCAACCUGGAGGAUUAUGAUGUUUAUCUGAACCGGAUACCCUACCCGCCAUACUACAGUGAUCCAUUUGUGUUCGUAGUGCAGCUCAACUUGCCAUUGUUCGUCAUGCUCAGCUUUAUCCUCAACGCCAUCCAGAUUGCCAGUAACAUGGCUUAUGAGAAGGAGAAAAAACUAAAGGAAUCUAUGAAGAUGAUGGGCUUGAACAAUUUUAUUUACUGGUCUUCAUGGUUCUUGAAAAAUUUCAUCUAUUUACUCAUCGCUUGUCUGGUGUAUUCGGUGCUACUUUGUGUUAAUAUUGGCAAAACUGAAGGAGUACUGGCAAAAACAAAUGGAGUUUUGUUCUUCCUGUUUUUGAUGUUCUACACGUCCUCUAUCAUUUCGUUCAGUUUUGCCGUCAGCGUGUUCUUUGAUAAAGCAAAUUCUGCGUCGGCCGCCAGUGGUAUCAUCUACUUUGUCAGUUACAUCCCAUACUUCUUCAUCCAGAGCAAUUAUGAGACGAUGGGGAAAUCGUUAAAACUGGCCUCCUGCCUCUUACCCAACGUGGCAAUGGCCAUGGGGAUUACUGUGAUUGGUUAUCACGAGGGCACAGGUGCAGGGGCGCAGUUCUCAAACCUGUCGGAUGUAGCAAUAAUUGACGACGACCUCACCUUGCUGGAAGUGUUCGGGAUGCUUCUGAUAGAUAUCAUCCUAUACAUGGCGAUCGCGUGGUAUGUGGACGCUGUCAAACCAGGGGCGUUUGGCUUUCCAUUACCUCCCCAUUUCCCGUUUACAAAAUGGUACUGGUGCGGCACAAAGAAAGGCUUUUCUAUGUAUGAUUCAGAAGAACAAAACCAAGAUGUCAGCACAGAAAGAUCGGAAUUCUUCGAGAAAGAACCCACGGGGCUUGUGGCUGGAGUUAGUAUAAGAAACUUGUGCAAAACGUUUGGUAAAGGUAGUAAAAAAAAAGUGGCCGUAGCAGGCACAACACUAAACCUGUAUGAAGGCCAGAUCACGGCGUUGCUGGGGCAUAAUGGAGCCGGGAAGACAACAACCAUGUCAAUGAUUACAGGUUUUCUUCCUCCCACGAGUGGAACCGUUGUGGUUAAUGGUUUUGACAUCCGCAAAGACCUCUCCAGCGUUCGUUCAAGCCUCGGCCUUUGUCCGCAACACGACAUUUUGUUUGACAAUAUGACUGUUGAGGAACAUCUAUUUCUGUUUGCACAGUUAAAAGGGUGCCCCAGUGGGAAAGUGAAAGAAGAAGCGAACUCGAUGGUUAAGGUUUUAGGCCUUGAAGCGAAGCGAAACGCACGGUCCUGUACAUUGUCAGGUGGACAGAAGAGGAAGCUCUCAGUGGGGAUAGCGGUAAUAGCAGACUCAAAGGUAGUGAUUCUGGACGAGCCCACUUCCGGUAUGGACCCGGACGCCCGCCGACAGAUCUGGGACAUCCUGAUGAAGUACAGAGAAGGCCGGACUUUGUUGUUGACCACGCACUUCAUGGACGAGGCAGACAUCUUGGGCGACCGCAUAGCUAUCAUGGCAGAGGGAGUUGUCAAGUGCUGCGGAUCGUCACUGUUCCUGAAAAACAAAUACGGUGCUGGUUACCACAUGGUAAUGGUAAAGACGGACCAAUGCAAUGUUUCCGCUGUCACACAACUGGUCCAAAGCCACGUGGCAUCGGCAAGCCUUGAGAGUGACAUCAGUGCCGAGCUGUCAUACAGGCUCCCUCAUGAACAGUCAUCAAAAUUUGAAAACCUGUUUUUGGAACUCGAAGAAAAGAAAGAAGAACUAGGUGUCUUAAGUUUUGGAGCUUCUGUCACAACGAUGGAAGAAGUAUUUCUUCGGGUGGGAGAAACCAGUAGUAAAGACGACGGGAUGUCAGAUUUACAUCACCAUCAACGACCUACAUUGUGUUACGAAAACAAGGUUUACGUCGAGAAUGAAACCCCAGCAAAGGCAAUGGAAUCAAGCCACAGCCCUAUAAAGAAUACAGAUACACCUACAACUCAUAUUGAUUUUAAUCGUGACAUCCGGAAAAACACGGGCUUUUCACUGUAUGCGCAGCAGUUCCAAGGAAUGUUUGCUAAGAAGGUGAUUCACACUUUCCGAAAUAGGGUUGUGACUUUGGUACAACUACUCCUUCCUGUGAUCUUCACAAUACUUGCGUUAUUAGUGGCCAAAAUAGCGGAAUAUACAGAGCCCUCACCAGAACUGGUUUUGAACUCUGAACCUUACUCUUCUAACGUUGUACCCUACACAAGUAGCCCUACUGGAAACGCCGAGGUUACGGCAAUGGCGAAAAGUUAUGGUGAUUUUGCAAACAGAGCAUCAAGUAGUCCUAUCUUAGUAAACGUGACAGGAGGCGCUUACACUAAUCUCUCCGACUUCUAUUUGACGGAUGGGGAAAGUUUGGAUGUUUAUUCUUACAACAAGCGCUUCAUCUUUGGGGCUGUUUUCCAAGCCGCUGUACCGCUUGCAGGUAUUAACAAGACAACCGUGGUAGGAUACUUCAGUGCCCAACCCUACCAUGCCGCCCCGGCUUCCCUGGACUUGGUGAUGAAUGCUCUAUUUCGAUACUUCACUAGCUCCGACAGGACCAUUGUCACCAGUAAUUACCCUCUCCCAGAUACAGCGGAUAAUCUGGCAGCGUCAAACGGCGGAGUCGCCUUCUCUGUGGCAUUCAAUAUUUUGUUCGGAUUGGCCUUCUUGGCCACAAGCUUCAUCAUAUUCUUGAUUAAAGAAAAAGAGACACAGUCCAAGCAUGUCCAGAGUGUCAGUGGUGUACAUGUCAUUACGUUCUGGGCAGCGAACUUUGUCUGGGACUUCAUCAACUUUCUGAUCCCUGUGGGCGUUCUGCUCGUGGUGUUCGCUGCUUUCCAGACAGACGCCUACGUUUUAGAAAAUAGGCUGGGUCUGGUUUUAUUGCUCUUCUUGACAUAUGGUUGGGCAAUAUUGCCCUUCAUGUAUUUGUUGCAUUUCCUUUUCAAAACACCUUCAUCAGGAAUGGCAGCACUGACCAUGGCUAACAUAGGCACAGGUCUUGUGACCCUACUGGCAGUGUUUAUUCUGAAGACAAUGGAUAUCGGUGAAAGUCUGCAGUGGGUGUUUAUGGUAAUCUUACCCAACUACUGCCUUGGCCAAGGCCUUAUCGACAUUUACACCAAUUUCGACUCGCUCACAAUGUGUACGAAGUAUAACUUCCAAGGACCCUGUGAUAAAGAUAACUGCGGGUCGUUCUGCAUUCUGUACCAGGAAGACUACAUGGCAUGGGGCGAACCUGGCAUUGGUCGUUAUCUGGUGUUUUUGGCUGGGCAAGGGACAGUAUUUAUACUGCUGGUGCUUCUCAUUGAAUCGCGCAAAAUAGAAUCAAUCUGGUACAGAGUCCGACCGCCCCCGCGCCCUGCUGGCAACGCGGACAGCAGUCUCACGCAACCCGAAGAUAGCGACGUGGCUCAAGAAAGGAAAAGAAUUAACAAUUCCAGUGUGCCGAUGCUUCAGAAAACAGACACUUUGAUUCUGCAGAAUUUAAGUAAAUACUAUGGAAACUUCUUAGCUACGGACCACCUGUGCCUCGGGGUACCUAAAGGUGAAACCUUUGGCCUUUUAGGUGUGAAUGGCGCAGGGAAGACAACUACUUUUAAGAUGAUGACAGGGGAACUCAUAGUGUCUGAAGGAAAUGCUUUCCUGAGCGGGUAUGAUGUCAGGAGAAAUAUAAAGAAGGUUCAGCAAAACCUUGGCUACUGUCCACAGUUUGACGCAUUAAUAGACCAGAUGACUGGCCGUGAAACAUUGAGGAUGUAUGCAAGACUACGAGGGAUUAUAUCAAAGCAAAUUGAGGGCGUUAUAGACAACCUUCUGAAGGCGUUGAUGUUGGAGAAACAUGCUGACAAAAAAACUUCAAAAUACAGUGGUGGCAAUAAACGAAAGCUCAGCACAGCAAUAGCUCUGAUUGGAGACCCACCAAUCAUAUUCCUGGAUGAGCCAACAACUGGCAUGGAUCCUGGUGCACGACGACAACUUUGGAAUGUGUUGGCUGAUAUUCGUGCCAGUGGACGGACGCUCAUUCUGACUUCCCACAGCAUGGAAGAAUGUGAUGCUCUGUGUACUCGCCUGGCAAUCAUGGUCAACGGAACCUUUACAUGUCUGGGAAGUUCUCAGCACCUGAAGAGCAAGUUCGGAACAGGCUAUACCCUGAUCUGUAGGGUAGCGAUGCCAAAAGAAGGGGAAGAUUCUAAGGUCGGUCCACUGAAGUCUUUCAUCGAGUCCAAAUUUCCGGAGAACCUGCUUAUGGACGACAGACAGGGCUACGUCAGCUAUCAGCUGACCAGUUGUCGUCUUUCGCUAGCUCAUAUCUUCGGGACAAUGGAGAGGGCAAAGGACCAGUUCAGCAUUGAAGACUAUUCAGUGGCCCAGACUACAUUAGAACAGGUGUUUCUGAAUUUUGCCAAACACCAAAAGCAAUCGCCACAAAGCAAGGGAGGAAUGUGUUCCUGUCUGUGUUGUUGUCCGUAAUUCUAUAAUUUAUUGAUAUAAUUAUAACUUAUUUUUGCACAGAAAUCAGUCGACAGGCCCCGAACCAUAUUAAAUAAAAAUAUACUUGUUAAUAGUGCUUGCAAUUUGUUAUAAAACUAUAUUCCAAUUAUUCUAAUGGUUCGGUGUUAGCUUUGCUGCUCAAAUCUAUGGAU